CUAUGAAACAACUUCCGUUUACCACCCCUGUAGAUAACUUCCUGGAGAAAUUUGUCGAUAAUAAUUUCACAAAAUGGCCAGGGAAUACGAUCACCUAUUCAAACUACUAAUUAUUGGUGACAGUGGUGUUGGCAAGAGCAGUUUGCUGCUGAGAUUUGCUGAUAAUACUUUCUCGGGAACGUACAUCACAACCAUCGGGGUGGACUUCAAGAUACGAACCGUGGAUGUCAACGGGGAGAAGGUCAAACUUCAGAUCUGGGAUACCGCAGGACAGGAGAGGUUCCGGACCAUUACAUCCACAUACUACCGAGGCACACAUGGAGUGAUUGUUGUCUACGACGUAUCAAGCGGAGAAUCUUUUGCAAAUGUCAAGAGAUGGCUACAUGAGAUUGACCAGAACUGUGAUGUUGUUAAUAGGAUUCUAGUUGGUAACAAGGACGAUGACCCUGACAGAAAGGUCGUGUUAACCCAAGAUGCUCAGCGCUUCGCAGACCAGAUGGGUAUUCAGCUGUACGAGACGAGUGCCAAGGAAAACAUAAAUGUUGAAGAGAUGUUCCUAGCCAUUACUCGCCUGGUUUUGUCGACAAAGAAAGAGCAACAGAAGAAAGCCGCAGACGCCCCCCAGACAAUAAAACUUGACGGACACAGAAGUAGCAAGAAGAAGAAGUGCUGCUAACAGAUUUAGGAUGUGUAGAUACUUUAUAUUUUAACCAAUUCACUGUUGCCAGCUGGGCACCAUCUGCACAAGAUGACAUUACUGGCGACAUACAUUUCGAUCAAAUCACUGAAAGCCAUGGAUUGGUAGCAAGAUUAAGUUGAUUCCUAAGACAUGCAUAUUUUUAGAGAAAUCUGUAACAUAAAUCACUGUAUAAAAAUACUUUUGCAA